AUGGCAACGGGUGAAGUGAAAGUUUUAAGUUAUUGGGUGAGUCCAUUUGUGAUGAGGACGAGGAUUGCCUUUAACAUCAAAUGUGUCAAGUAUGAACUUGUUGGCGUUAACAUUCUCGAAGCCAAAAGCGAGCUUCUUCUCCGAUCAAAUCCCGUUCACAAGAGAGUCCCAGUUCUCAUUCAUGGCCAUCAUCAGCCGAUCUGCGAAUCUCUAAUAAUCAUGCAAUACAUCGACGACACUUGGUCUUCCGGUCCUUCCAUUCUUCCUUCCAAUCCCAAAGAACGUGCCCUCGUUCAGUUUUGGGCUGCAUAUCUUGACGAAAAGUGGUUCCCAGCCAUGAAAAGCAUUCUGGCUCACGGAGAGGAAUCAACAAUAGCAAAAUUGGGAGAAGGGCUGGCUCUAAUGGAAGAAACAAUAAAAAAAUGCAGCAAAGGGAAGGCUUUCUUUGGUGGGGAUGAAAUCGGGUACCUUGAUAUCGCAUUCGGAAGCUUGUUGGGAUGCUUGAGGGUGACUGAGAUGUUGAAUGGGAUGAAGUUACUUGACGAACCCAACACACCUACUCUAGUUAGUUGGGCAGACAGGUUCUGCUCCCAUGCAGCUGUUAAGGAUGUUAUGCCCCACACUCACAAGAUUGCCAAGUUUUUUUAG